GAGAAAUUGAAAAGUACAAUCACGUGCACAACGCCAAAUGUAUGGUGAAGUUGUACCUUUGAGCCCCAUCAACAAGUCAAACUACUAUCCAUCCACGUACAUUCCACGUCAGAAGUCCCCGAAAGCAGCAAACAGUAAAGUAGUAGUACAUCCUCCUACCAAUUGGAUCUCGCCGCUCACCAGAAAAGAUGUAGCGCUGCAUCCGUCGCACCCGAACAACAUAUGGAUGUGUCUACUGUUAAGCCUCCGGGGUUCUAUCUAAUCCCUCGCAGUUACAGAAAUUGCGCCAGUUGCCGGCGCUACCUAAGCUUUUCGGUUAGUUGCCGCCGCCUUCGCCGGUACUCCGGCGAGGAAUGUCAACCGAAGCGGCGCGAUGUGCUUAUUACUCCGUUCCUGGCGGCAGGAGCUUAUGCGUUUCGCUCCGCGGUGGCCAAGGCCGACGAGAAGCCGGCUUUGGAAGGCGAAGCGCGGACUCCGGAGCUACCGCAGCAGGUGGCUGUGAGCUCGACGGCUGAGGUGGAAGCGGAUCCGGCGGCGAAGGAGGAGGUGAUAAAUUCGAGGAUAUAUGACGCUACGGUAAUUGGAGAGCCGAUGGCUUUGGGAAAGGACAAGAAGAAGGUGUGGGAGAAGAUGAUGGAUGCGGAGAUUGUGUAUUUAGGGGAGGCGGAGCAGGUUCCGAUCCGUGAUGAUAAAGAGCUGGAGCUUGAGAUUGUUAAAAUUUUGAGAAGGAGGUGCGUGGAAGCUGAGAGGCCUAUGUCUUUGGCUUUGGAAGCUAUUCCUUGUGGCUUGCAGGAACAGCUCAAUCAGUAUAUGGAGAAAAGGAUUGACGCAGACACCCUAAAAUCUUUUGUAACACAUUGGCCGCCCGAACGUUGGCAAGAAUAUGAGCCUUUAUUAACUUACUGCCAAGAGAAUGGGAUUCGACUGGUUGCAUGUGGCGUGCCACUUGAGGUUCUACGAACAGUGCAAGCUGGAGGUGUUAGUGGGCUUUCUAAGGUUGAUCGUACAAAAUAUGCUCCUCCAGCUGGCUCAGGUUUCAUCUCAGGAUUCCCUUCUAUCUCCAGGAGAUCAUCAAUAGACAUAAACUUUCCCAAUCAAUCUGCUCUUUACGGUCCAAGGUCAUAUCUUUCUGUACAAGCAAGAGCUGUUGAGGAUUAUGCAAUGUCCCAGGUCAUCUUACAAGCGGUGAAGGAUGGUGAAUCCAUUGGCAUGCUCGUUGUAGUGACAGGUGCUAGCCAUGUCACAUAUGGGUCAAGAGGAACUGGGCUACCAGCGAGGAUUUCAAGGAAAAUUCAAAAGAAAAAGCAAGUGGUUAUACUACUUGACCCUGAACGACAAGACAUACGACGAGAGGGUGAAGUCCCUGUUGCAGAUUUCUUGUGGUAUUCUGCAGCAAGACCUUGCAGUAGAAAUUGCUUUGAUCGUGCGGAAAUUGCUCGAAUUAUGAAUGCGGCGGGUAGAAAGAGAGAUGCCUUACCCCAGGACCUUCAAGAUGGACUAGAUCUUGGCCUGGUGUCACCAGAAGUGCUUCAAAACUUUUUUGAUUUAGAGCAAUAUCCUAUUAUAUCAGAAUUGACUCAUCAUUUCCAGGGUUUCAGGGAGAGACUGUUAGCUGAUCCAAAAUUUCUACAUAGAUUAGCCAUAGAAGAAACCAUCUCAAUUACAACUACCCUCCUAGCACAGUAUGAGAGGCGUAAAGAGAAUUUCUUUGAAGAGCUUGAUUAUGUUGUCACCGAUACACUAAGGGGAAUAGUAGUUGAUUUUUUCACUGUAUGGCUUCCAGCCCCAACAUUGUCAUUUCUCUCGAAUGUGGAUGACGUUAAUGCACCCGGCAGCAUGGAAGCAUUAAAAGGUCUUUUAGGGUCCAUACCAGAUAAUGCUUUUCAGAAAAAUCUUGCAGGGAAGGACUGGACGUUGAGUCACAGAAUUGCAUCAGUACUUGUUGGUGGUUUUAAACUGGCUGGUGUUGGAUUCAUUUCUAGCAUUGGAGCAGUGGCUUCCUCCAAUAUAUUGUAUACAAUACGGAAGUUUCUUAAUCCAACCCUUGCUAGCAAGCAACAAAAUAAACGAUCACCUAUACUAAAAACAGCACUUGUGUAUGGAUCAUUUCUUGGAACCUCAGCCAAUCUGCGUUAUCAGGUUAUUGCAGGAAUUGUGGAGCACAGGAUUUCAGAGCAGUUCUCCGACCAGACAUUACUUGUAAAUAUGAUAUCUUUUGUGGCUCGAACAAUCAACUCUUACUGGGGAACCCAGCAAUGGAUUGAUCUAGCACGGUAUACAGGACUCCAGGCUCGUAAGAGCGAAGAUGUUCACUUUCAGGCUCCAGAUUCUCCAAAUUCUGCUGCAUUAGAAUGCAACAUGAUUGAAGAUUCUAAGAUUGAUGAAACAAAGCAAUAGACGAUAGCCCUUGUUCUCACUUCUGCGCCUUCGUAUUUUUCUUUUUUGUUUUACUAGUUUCUGUUCGCUCAAGUUUUAGCAACGGUGCAUAGUGCAGAAGGCUGAAAACAAAUCCGCGCCAGAUGAAUAUGUAACUAUGGUUGCAUUUGGCAUAGAUUCAAGAAAUAUAUUAUUUAACUGUUUCUUAUGGAA